UAACCUUUGUGGUGAUCCAAUAACUCGUGUGUCGAAUAAUUAACAUAAAAAACCCAAAAUAAUCUUAUAGAACUCUGAAACUUUGUAGGUAGCAACAAUCAGUACCUAUAUAUACUUCUUGUUGAGAUUGAAGACAUGAAAACGUGUGGAAGGAAAAAUAAAAAGUGAAGUACGCGAAAGAGACAAAAAAAAUUAAGGUGAGAAAAAUUUAAUUAUUGAAGGAAAAAAUAAAGGGAUUGCAAUAAGCGAAAGAGAGAAAAAAAAGGUGAGAAAAACCUAUUGAGGGAAAAAAUAAAGGGAUUGCACUACGCGAAAGAGACAAAAGAAAGGAGAGAAAAUCGUGUUAGAGGAAAAAAAAUCAAGUUCAGUACGUGAGACAAAAUUAAGAAAGGAGAGAGAAAUAUAUUGAAGGAAAAUAUAAAGGAAAAUAGACAUUGAUUGAUUGAUAGAGAACAUUUUCUUCGUGAGUUUGAAGAGCGGGAUCGAGGAGAUAUAUAUUAAAAGUCAGGAUGGCACAGAGAGCAGGUGUUCAGCGGCCAAGUGGCGGCGGUCAAGGCAAGAUCUGUCAGUUCAAGUUGGUGCUCCUCGGCGAGUCAGCCGUCGGCAAGUCCUCCCUCGUCCUAAGAUUCGUCAAGGGACAGUUCCACGAAUACCAGGAGUCUACAAUUGGUGCCGCCUUCCUGACCCAGACUGUAUGUUUGGACGACACUACGGUUAAGUUUGAGAUCUGGGACACGGCCGGCCAGGAGAGGUACCACAGUCUAGCCCCCAUGUACUACCGCGGCGCCCAGGCUGCCAUUGUUGUAUAUGACAUCACAAAUCAGGACACAUUCGGCCGGGCCAAGACCUGGGUAAAGGAGCUGCAGCGUCAGGCGUCCCCCAACAUUGUGAUAGCGCUGGCCGGCAACAAGGCAGACCUGGCCAACAAGAGGAUGGUGGAGUAUGAAGAGGCGCAGACCUAUGCCGAGGAAAACUCUCUCCUCUUCAUGGAAACGUCUGCCAAAACUGCCAUGAACGUUAAUGACAUCUUCCUGGCAAUAGCCAAGAAACUGCCAAAGAGUGACAACAGUGCGAGUGGCUCCCCGCGGGGCGAUGUGACCCUGACACCCGGCCCGGCACAAGCCACUGCUGGCUGUUGCAAGUGAUCACCUUCAGCACAGGUGGAACAAUGUGAUGCUAGUGUAAGUUACGAUACCCAGCUGCUGGUAGCUCACUUUUCUCCAUUGGACAUGAAGAUUGCAACAUUCCUAGGUUCAAAUUUUAUGCAUGGGUCUCAGCUUGUCAAAAAUAAUCAGUUGACUUGGAAAAUUAUUCUUGUCAAGCUUUGGUUAUUUCUUCCGUGUCAGGUUUUUGAGUCAGAACCGUAAGUGUGGAAAGGUACUCAUCAUCAAUGACUGUGUGAUCUGUUUUUUAAGCCAACCAUGUACUGGGCAGGUGUGAAUCACACGGGCCACUUUCUGCCGGCCUGUUGGGGCUCACACGUCCGUGGAAUAUACUGUAAUUGUUAUGUAACUUGAUUUCCAUUUGUUACUUGGUAUCAUUUGCACAUUGUAUUGUCAUUCCCAUUAUUUAUCAAUUCUAGUAGUUUAAACCCUCCACCCCAACUUGCGAGUACGUGUUAGCAAUUUUAAAGGGAACUUGUGGAUGGAUGACGCAGGGUUGGGCGUGCGGCAGGAGUGGGCGGUGGCGGCCUCCGCCUCCGCCCCAACCAUGUAAUUACCUGCUCACUCACCUCAGUGGAGGACGGAAGGAUGUGGUGUUUAUCCAGCUUUAUGUGCAGAGCUGAUAGUUGUGUGUUGUACAGCAGCCUGAGUCAGUCUUUACACAGUUAAGUUCUAGCUAACAUGGUCAUACAUGGAACAGUGUGUCUGUUGCUCAUGUGGCACUUCUGUACACCAGUAAACCAUCACACUUCUAAAAAGUCCUGUCACAUCUUGUGCUUGACCAUGAUUGGCCAUGUGAUAAUGUAUAUUACAUAAUUACAUUUCAUUGUGUAGGGAAGAAUUUCUCUGUCACAUGUACAUUCUUUUAUGUUAUCUUCUUGUGGGUAACAUUAGACUUGGGCGACAUCGGUCCUGUUCCCGGGAUCCGGGAUCACGCCCGCUAGGGGGUGUGGGGUGGGCAGCACCCAAGUCUGAUGCAACUUCCUCCAGAGAUGGUGUCAAGAUCCAGGUUAUGACAAUUUGUCCUUUCUUGGAAGGAGCCUCCGAAAGUGCUCAUAUAUGUUCUCCGCUUUAUUUUUUAUUUUUAUUUUUUUUUCUGUAAAAUCCCUAAAUAUAUUAGUAAUAGUUAAGCAGUGCUUGUCAUACUUGUAUGCCAGACAGAAGAACAAUGCCACACUGCUUCCCUUGUUUAUUAGCACCAGUGCAUUAUUCUGGCCACCAGCUACUAGUGAUGUCAUGUUCUUCAGCACAGCCUCAGGUCUCCUGUAGCUUUUGGCGAGUGUAGGAUGACAGGCCGAUGGGUGCUUCCUCCGCUCCCGUCACUCGCUGCUCUGGCUGAGGCUCUGGACCAGUGUUGUUAUGAGCAGAGAUAAGUCUAGCCUGAAGCAGCACAGAUCAUUGGUCUGCACAAGGUUGGGCACCAAACAAAGGAAAUGGUUGAGCAAGUUGAUGUAUGCGAGUUGUCUUUGACAGGCCGAGCGAGACGCUUCAAAGACAGUGGCGGUGCAGACCUGCCCACAGCCAAACCACAUCCUGCUAAGCCCAAGAAGGCUUCCCCCAGGACUGACAGUUAUCAGUGAAGAGCUUUGUCUCUGAUGGUUUUCAAGAAUACCAGUCAUGGGGAAAGUCUUCUUGGUUUUGCCUCACCCAGCUCCUCACAUAACACUCACAAAUCAAUUUGCCCAACUGUUUCCUUUGUUUGGUCACAGCCUUGUGUAGCUGAAUGAUGUGUGUUAUUGUUUCACUUAUUUUUUCCUGUAACAACUGUGGUCCAGACCCCCGGGCCGGAGCAGAGCAGCUUGUGACGGGAGAUGAGGCAAGGUGUUGCUGACCAACAACACGCAGCUCAGCACACAAGCUGCAGAAGGCCCAAGGGUGUGUUGGCCAGAGGACUGGCAGCACCGAUGCCUGGUGGCCGACAUCAUGCAUCACUGUAAACAAAGGGAAUGGGUGUGGCUUUGCUUGUUGCAGCGUGUCUGCAGGGUCUGGUGCCUGGCAUACAGCUGUGGCAGGCACUGUAAAUCUGUAUACUUAGUUUAAGCCUGUGCUCUGCCCUGCUUUGGCCUCUAGCCGGGCAGGUUUCAAUCAGUCAUGAACCUUACCAGUUAAGUUUUGAAAUAUAUUUUCCUGUAUUAAAAUUGUUAUUAUUGAAGACUUAUUCUAGGGGUCAAACUUGAUUGGCACAUCAUCUAGUAUUUGGUGUGCUCCAUUGUGCUCAGGAGUUCUUGCCAAGGGUGUUCUCUCAAGCCUGGCACAAUGGACCACUUUGUGUGUACACUGAACUGCAAAGUCAGACAACAAUCUUGUACAGUUAAAAGUACCUAUUAUAAAUAAUAAAAGGAUAAGAAGUUAUAUGUAACUUUUAUGGACUUUGGAAAGCUAGGUGAACAGAAAAGCCUUGUGGGACAAACACUGCAGAGUGGGACAGACUAACCAUUCUUGUGUAGCAAAGCCUGAAGGCUCUGGGGGCGACUGACUGUCCCGGGGAGUUCAGAUUGGAAGAAAAUGUCAAUCAACACUUCAACCUUUACUUGUAAAUUUCAGUGGAAUUACUCUGGAACAAACGCUGCUCUCAACAUCACAAGGCUCGUCAUGAACUGCACAGCCUCGCAACAAAGUAGGUUCUGAACGGCCAGACGUAAAUUUCUCUUAUUCGACGUAACGGUCAGCCGAGUGGCUGCGGCGACAGCAGCGCUCGGCGGCCCCGCAAACCAACUUUUGCAUCUGUAUUUAAAAUAAUAUCUGAACAUUUAAAUAUAGAAAAAUAGUUGUAUGUACACCUUACUCUAAGUCCUCACUUACUGUAAUUGAUUUUUACAUCAAUGUAAUUUAUCACAAAAAACAGAAAUAAAGCUCCACAAAUGCUGCCUCAAUUUAAGACCAAAGAUGAACCUGAAAACCUCACAACAGCCGAGACUCCACCAGCCCGAGGCUACACAGAGGACUGACUCUGUGAGGGUGUGCAGCAGGAACAGUAAAGAAGGAAAACCUUUGUACACGUUUGUCUACCUGGGAAUUGAAAUACAUAAACAUUUAAACAAUCCAA